AUGCAAGUGUUUUUGUGUGUUUGUUUUUCACUACGUGACCUUUGGUCGGGCCACAACAAUCAUGGCGUUCAUCAGCAAAAAGACGAGUCGUGUCUUCUUCCUACUGCUCAUCACUGCUUCUCUCCCAUCAUGCACUGGGACUCAAGGAGGAGGAAUGCUUCUGGACCAACGUGAGGCCAACAUUUUCCUGCAUCGUACUCGUCGUGCAAACUUCUUACUGGAGGAGGUGAAAUUAGGAAACCUGGAGAGAGAAUGUUUGGAAGAGAAAUGUUCCUAUGAGGAAGCCAGGGAGAUCUUUGCCACACCUCAGCAGCUGGAGAACUUCUGGAGGACAUACACAGCUGUAGACCACUGCUCAUCAUCUCCCUGUAAGAAUGGAGCAACCUGCACUCGUCACAUCGACAGCUACAUCUGCAAAUGUUCACCAGGCUUCCACGGAUUCAACUGUGACAAAGUCCGCUCAACCCCAAACAGCUGUCGCUACAGAAAUGGAGGAUGUGAGCAUUUCUGCAGACAGCCCCCGGAUCAAUCUCCUUCCUGUUUCUGUGCUUCAGGAUAUGGUCUGGAUGAGGACAACAACACAUGCCUGCCUAAAGAGGCCGUUGUCUGUGGAAGACCAUUGGUACAUUUUACCCCGAGGAUUGUCAAUGGUCAGAUGUGUCCUAAAGGGCAGUGUCCAUGGCAGGCUAUGUUAAGUGAAAACAACAAGUUCACAUGUGGUGCCAUUGUCCUGUCAGAAGUGUGGAUUUUAACAGCAGCUCACUGCGUUUGGUCGAAGCCUGUCGCCAUCUUCCACGUCACCGUUGGCAAACAUGACCGACAGGAGCCUGAGAAGACUGAACAGCAACGGCGAGUUCUUGAGGUGGUGAUCCAUCAAAACUACAGUCACUCCACCUACGACAGUGACCUGGCUCUGCUCAAGCUGCACCGCCCGAUCAAACUGGGGCGCUACGUGGUGCCCAUCUGCCUCCCUGCUCGCAACAGCACCUUCACUCGGACUCUGUCUUUAGUCCGCCUUUCCACGGUGUCUGGGUGGGGCCGCCUGUUAGAGUUUGGUUCUUCUGCUCGAUUCCUGCAGCGUUUGGUGGUGCCAAAGGUCCACCCGCAGGAGUGUCGCCUCCACACGCAGCUCAACAUCACCAAGAACAUGAUGUGUGCAGGACGAAGGCGUGGUGGCCAGGACGCAUGUGAAGGUGACAGCGGUGGCCCACUGGUAACACGCUACAAGAAGACCUGGUUCCUAACGGGCGUGGUGAGCUGGGGAAUGGGCUGCGCUAAAGAAAAUAUGUACGGCAUUUACACCAAAGUCAGCAACUUUCUGGACUGGAUCGACAAAAUUAUGGCUACUGGUUAAUCUGGGUCAGACCAGUGGUGAGAAGUCACAGUUUAAAGUGUGGAGAAAGUUUGAAUAAACUGCUGCUGAUUUA